CCGGGCUGGGGGGAGCGGGGCGGGCGCCUCAGCCCCGCGGCGGAACCGGCCAUGGAUUUCCACAACAUCCUCGUGAUGGCCUCGGAGCAGCAGGGGCUGAACGCCGUGCCGAAAAGAUACAGUUUGGCUGUUGGCCCUCCCAAAAAGGUUCCAAAGGUCAAGGGUGUUGAGUCUGCAGCAGUACAAGCAUUUCUCCGAAGGAAAGAAGAAGAAAAAAGGAAAAAAGAACUGGAAGAAAAAAGAAAGAAAGAACGACUCUUGGCUAAGCGAAUUGAACUGAAACAUGACAGGAAGGCAAGAGCUAUGGCUUCACGAACAAAGGAUAACUUUUAUGGCUAUAACGGUAUUCCCGUUGAAGAGAAGUCUAAAAAGAGGAGGAGGACUUGUGAGAAUGUUUCUCAGGCCCCCGAGGCUGAGUAUGCAACAGAAAAUGAAGCAGAGCAACUCGAAUUUACUCAAACUGAAUCGGAGUAUGAGCAAGAAGAAUAUGAUGAGAAACCAUCCAAAGCUGCGGUCAAACCAAAGGCGCCACCCAAAAGUGCACCAGCACCUCUCAACUUUGCAGAUCUUUUAAGGCUUGCUGAAAAAAAACAAUAUGAACCGGUAGAAAUAAAAGUAGUGAAAAAGAUAGAAGAGAGACCCAGAACUGCGGAAGAAUUGAGAGAGAGGGAGUAUUUGGAACGCAAAAAUAAGAGAGUAGAAAUGCAGAAAAAGAAAACCGAGAAGGAGGUUAAGAAUACAGGGAUAUCCAGUUCUUCAAAAAAAGCAACUUCCCUGAAGGAAUGUGCAGAUGCAAAACUUAGCAAAAGUGCAGCAGAUAAACAUGCCUCUCCAAAAAGCAGCCUCUCUUCUCUGAGUGGUACUGAUAAGAAAUCCAAAGCACCAGCAUUGACGGACAAGCACUCGCGGUCUUUAUCUUCUUCCAAAUUGAGUCAAAUGGAAAAAGUAAAAACCUCACAAAAUAGUUCCUUGAAAACCCCUACUGCUGGCAGUCAUAGUAAAUUACCUGUCAACGGUAUGGGAAAGUCUAGCUCAAGCUUUCCUGUGCCAUCUUCAAAGCCAAUGGCCAAUGGGGCUCAAAGGUUACCGUCUGCUAAAGAAUCCAGCCUGAAAAGGCCUGUCCAUACAAAACCAGGAAAUGCUGCAGCCCUCCCGCAUGAAAUGAACUCCAGCUCAAAACGAUCCAGCAGCAGUUUAGGAAAGGGAGGACCUGGGCAUCCAGGCGGAGGAUCAAGUGCAGGACCAGGGCGAUCAAGCAGCAAUUCUGGCAUGGGACCAGGAAGGCCAGGGAGCGUCUCAAGCCCAGGGCCCGGGCGACAGGGCAGCAGCUCGGCCGCAGGACCUGGAAGGCCAAGCAGCAGCUCAAGCAUGGGACCUGGGCGACCGGGCAGCGGCUCAGGCGUGGGACCUGGAAGGCCAGGUGGCAGCUCAAGCACUGGACUUGGGCGUCCAGGUGGCAGCUCAGGCACCGGCCCGGGAAGGCCAGGCAACAGCACAAAUACAGCACCUGGGCGACUGGGCAGCAGCAUGGGAACGGGACCAGGGAGGCCGGGAGUCAGCCCGAGUGCAGGACCUGGGCGGCCAGGCAGCAGCGCAGGAACGGGGCCGGGAAGGCCAGGAGUCAGCCCGAGUGCAGGACCUGGGCGACCUGGCUUUACAGCUGUAAAGCCCAGGUGUACUGUCGUAUCAGAAACUAUUUCUUCCAAAAACCUAGUGACGAGGCCCAGCAAUGGACAGAUGAAUGGAAUGAGAUCUCUUCAAGGGCAUAGGCCUCCAUUUCGCUCACAAGGUAUUGGGAGACCACCUGUUGGUUACAAAAGACAAAUAGAUGAUGAUGACGAAGAUGAUGAAUAUGACUCUGAAAUGGAUGAUUUUAUUGAAGAUGAAGGGGAACCCCAAGAAGAAAUAUCAAAACAUAUUCGGGAAAUAUUUGGCUAUGACCGGAAAAGAUAUAAAGAUGAAAGCGAUUAUGCCUUACGCUACAUGGAGAGCAGCUGGAGAGAGCAACAGAAAGAAGAAGCCAGGAGCUUGAGACUCGGUGUUCAGGAAGACCUUGAGGAAUUGAGACGGGAAGAGGAAGAACUAAAACGCAAGAGACAGUCUAAGAAGCUGAGGACCCGUUAACUGACUUACAGCGUCGACUUCUUUCAUUUUUUGCUACCCUCUGCCUCCAUACAUCUCCUGUUCUUCAGUUUCCAUUUGCUUGUUAGAGGGCAAAAGAAUAUGUAAAGGGAUAAAAGAACUGAAAAAUAAAGGCUUUAGUUUGACUUA